AUGUCGUUAGGACGAUGCUACGCCGGCCACUCCCUCGAGCACAAGCUGUCAAUGGCAGCAAAAUACGGUCUCGAAGGCAUCGAGCUGUUCUACGAAGAUUUGGUCGACCACGCUGGUGGUUCCACUUCUCCAUCAGACCUUCACGCUGCUUCAGCCUCCGUACACGAACUCUGCAUAUCUCUCGGCCUGGAGAUAAUAUGUCUGCAACCAUUCAUGCACUAUGAAGGCCUGUUGGACCGGAAACGACAUGACGAACGCAUCGAAGAGAUGAAGCUGUGGAUGGAACUAGCACACAUCUUGGGGACGGACAUGAUCCAAGUUCCUUCCUCUUUUCUUCCACGCGACCAGAUCUCAUCAGACACCAACCUCAUCGUAUCCGACCUUCGCGAGCUUGCCGAUUUGGGCUUGCAACAAACGCCAGUCAUCCGCUUCGUAUAUGAGAGCUUAUGCUGGGGAACAUAUGUCGACAAGUGGGAGAUGUGCUGGGACAUUGUGCAAAGAGUCGACCGUUCGAACUUUGGUAUAUGCCUGGACAGCUUUAAUAUCAUGGGAAGAAUCUAUGCAGAUCCAGCGCACGAGUCAGGGUGUACACCGAACGCGGAAGCAGAGGCGCGAGGUUCAAUACAAAGGCUUGUCGACAGAAUUGGCCCGCACAAGGAGAAGAUCUUCUUCAUCCAGGUUGUGGACGCGGAGAGGUUAGAACAGCCGCUCCUACCAGGACAUCCAUUCUACAAUGCCGAUCAGCCUACGCGCAUGUCUUGGAGCAGGAACUGCAGACUGUUCUAUGGCGAGAGCGAUCGCAGGGCGUAUCUUCCCGUCAAGGGUGUUAUAGAUGCCAUCAUAACCCAUAUCGGAUACGAGGGCUGGGUCAGCAUGGAGCUGUUCAAUCGAGUCAUGGAGAGGAAAGACCGCGGCGUUGUCGAGGAGCUAGCAGCACGUGCUGCGACAUCGUGGGGGAGACUGUCGCAUGACAUGGGCCUCGAGACCGAAUUGAGCAAGUGGCAAGCCCGAUCUGGUAACAGCCAAAUUGAUUGGAACAAAGAUAGUGACAUUCAGUAUAAAGUGGUGGAGGCGAGGCAGGCUCGGCUUUGA